CUAAUAACUGAUUUAACAAGAAAUUAUUUAGUUACAAAAAAAUUAAGUCAAGAAACUAUUAAAGAAAACUAAAAUGACAUCAAUAAGAUUUGCAAUUUUAACUGUGAGUGAUACUUGUGCUAUUGGUGAGAAAAUAGAUGAAAGUGGACCUGGAUUAAAAGCACUUGUCAGCAGUGCAGGAGAUGUUUCUUGCACUGCUAUUGUGCAAGAUGAUGAAACAUUAAUAAUGGAACAUUUAAUUAAAUGGAGUGAUGAAAAUAAAGCUGAUGUUAUUCUUACCACUGGUGGUACUGGAUUUUCUGGGAGAGAUGUUACACCUGAGGCAACUAAAAAAGUUAUCCAUAAAGAAGCUCCUGGACUGUCUUUAGCAAUGCUUAUGUCGAGUCUAAAAAUAACUCCAAUGGCGAUACUUUCUCGAGCUGUAUGCGGAAUACGACAUAAGACACUGAUUAUUAAUUUACCAGGUUCACGCAAGGCUGCAAUAGAGUGCUUGACUGCAAUCCUACCUGCAAUUCCGCAUGCCGUAGAUUUAAUUUUGGAUAAUAAAGCAAAUGUUAAAGAUACACAUAACAUUGUGCAAUCCCACAAAUUUGGCUUAUGUCUGGGACAUAAUAUUACAACUUGCUCGCCUCGUACAAAUCCAAUAAUUUUCGAAAAUGUGGCAACACGCCUUAGAGAAUCUCCCUUUCCUAUGAUAUCUGUGGCGGACGCACUGAGCAUAAUAAGCUUCGAGAGUACAAAGAAUGUGAACGUGGAAAUCGUGAAUGUUAAAGAUGCUUACGGUAGGAUAUUAUCAGAAGAGGGCAUUCGUUCUAAUUGUGAUUUGCCACCAUUUAGAGCUUCCAUAAAGGACGGAUAUGCGGUAUUAGCAAAUGAUGGGAAAGGUAGAAGGACGGUAUUGUGUGGUGUAAAAGCAGGAACUGCAUCUGCUUUGAUGUCUCUUAAACCUGAUACUUGUGUACGGGUGAAUACAGGAGCGCCCAUUCCUGAUGAAGCAACAGCGGUUGUACAAGUUGAGGAUACAAAGCUAGUGUUAAAGAGUUUUGAUGGGGCAGAGGAAGAAGAAAUUGAAAUAAUGGUUGAACCAAAAGAAGGACAAGAUAUUAGAUCUGUUGGUUGCGAUAUAAAAAAAGGAAGCUCAGUAUUAAAUCCGUUAACGAGAAUUGGACCAGUGGAAAUAGGAGUACUAGCGGCGUGUGGCUAUAAAUACGUUGCAGUUACUUUACUUCCACAUAUAGGUAUAUUAUCUACUGGAGAUGAGUUACAGGAACCUGGAGAACCUCUAAAACCAGGGCAGGUCUAUGAUAGUAACAGGAUUAGUUUAAUCUCAUUAUUAAAAGAAAAUGGUUACAAUUCUUUGGAUUUCGGAAUUGUGACUGAUAACAAGAUGGACAUGAUAACUAAAAUCGGCACAGCUUUAGAAAAAGUAGAUGUACUUGUGACGACAGGUUCUGUAUCAAUGGGUGAUAGAGAUCUAUUGAAGCCUAUUUUAGAGAACUAUUUUAAGGCUGCUAUACAUUUCGGUCGCGUAAAUAUGAAACCGGGAAAGCCAACGACAUUUGCAACUUGUACAUUCUUAGGUAAAAAAAAAUAUAUCCUAUGCCUGCCGGGAAAUCCAGUGUCUGCUCUUGUUACUGCACAUUUAUUCCUCUUACCUCUUGUGAACAAGCUGCACUUCAAUAAUUCAGAGCCAAUCAUAAUGCAAGCUAAAUUAACGUCGUCGUACAAUUUGGACCCGCGUCCCGAAUACGCAAGAGCAAUUUUAAAAUGGAAUAAUAAAGAAACGCUUCCACUCGCUUACAGUACGGGAAAUCAAAUUAGUAGCAAAUUACUUAACUGUAACGAUGCUAAUGCGCUUCUGAUGCUACCAGGAAGAACUGCGGAGAAGCAGGUAUUGAAUGAGGGUGACGUUGUAACAGCGAGACUUAUUAGUCUUAAAUCUCUACAUUAAAAAAAAUUUGAAUUAAUUA